AUUUACGUUUCUGACCCAUUUCCUUCCCUACCACCGAACUCGAAUCAUAAACCGAAAAUUUCACCACCAAUGACCCCCAUUUCCUUCUUCGAUUGUUCAGCCUCCAUUAAUUCCAUAAAUUAUACAUUCAUACAUAUAAUCUCCAUUUCUACAAUUUUUUCUUUGUAAUUGUAAAUUUCUUGCAAAAUUAGCGAUAAAAGUAAAGAAAUGCAAGGGAAAUCCGGCCAAUCGUCGUUCCGAGAUCGAACGCAGGAGUUUCAGAGCGUCACGGAUAGGCUUCGUAAGUCGUUCGCGCCAUCUUUCAAUGGGCCGUCGAGCAGCGGCAGCAGUGGUGGGAAGCUCGACGGACCUCGAUCUGCGGCGUCGGUUCAAUCGGAGUUCAACAAAAGGGCUUCCAAGAUUGGGCUCGGGAUUCACCACACUUCCCAGAAGCUUGGAAAGCUCGCACAAUUGGCGAAAAGGACAUCGGUGUUUGAUGAUCCCGCUCUGGAGAUCCAAGAGCUGACAGCAGCUAUAAAACAAGACAUUACUGGACUUAAUUCAGCACUGAUAGAGCUGCAGCUGCACUGCAAUUCCCAGAACGAAAGUGGGAACAUCUCGAGUGACACCACGACUCAUUCAACCACCGUUGUAGAUAACCUGAAGAACCGGUUGAUGAGUGCUACGAAGGAGUUUAAGGAAGUUCUGACCAUGCGGACAGAGAAUUUAAAGGUUCAUGAAAAUAGGAGGCAGUUAUUUUCUUCAACCACUUCGAAAGAGUCAACAAAUCCGUUUGUUCGUCAACGUCCUGUGGCUGCCAGAUCAGCUGCUAAUGCAUCGACAGCUCCUCCUCCAUGGGCCAAUGAUUCUGCAUCUUCGUCACAGUUAUUUCCUAGGAAGCAAACAGAUAAGGAAUCUCGACCAUUAUUGCAGCAGCAGCAGCAACAGGUAGUAGAACAACAAGACACCUAUAUGCAUAGCCGCUCUGAGGCUCUUCAGAACGUGGAGUCAACUAUUCACGAGCUGGGUAACAUAUUUACCCAAUUGGCAACCAUGGUUUCGCAGCAAGGAGAGCUUGCAAUCAGGAUUGACGAGAGCAUGGACGAGACGCUGUCCAACGUGGAAGGAGCGCAAGGGCAGCUGGCCAGGUACCUUAACAGUAUAUCAUCCAACCGAUGGCUAAUGAUGAAGAUAUUCUUUGUACUUAUUCUAUUUCUUAUAUUUUUUGUAUUUUUUGCGGCAUAAGGAUAAUAAAAAAAAAAAUAUACGAAGCAAAGUAACAGAGCUAUGCUUUCUUUUAUAGACAUCCGGUAUUCAUCUUGUAUUUUCUAUCAUUUGAUGUUCAAAAAUUGGCAUAUAGUACAUAAGAAUUGCGACGGAAAGUGUAAAGUAAUUUUGACAAUAUUUCUUGGAUUGGAUUGUAUUCUAGAUA